CGCGGGCUUUUUGUAUAGUUGCUUAGCUGCACGUGUUCGUUGCGAUUGGCGCGGUGUUCGUAAAUUUAGUUGAUUGAUUUCUAGUGUUGCUUAUUAAUGUUUUAAAUAAUAUUUUUAACACAAUAUUUUGCUUAUCAAUGGAAAUGAUGCGGCGCGAGUGUGGCGUAAACAAUAUUUAACACUGCACCUCGUAUUCUCAAUUCGGUGUUGACGUUACGUACGACGAGCGGCCAUAACGUCAACAGUUGUAACGAAAGUGCGGUCGGUAAUCACAUAACAUAUUCAUUGUUAAUGAUAACCUGCAGCUGUGGGAUUGCAUUACAUUUGACUUGACCUUCCUCCACGCACUGAUAUUCACAAUUUGCACAAAUAACUGCAAAAAAGCAGGCUUUUGGCAAUAUUUGUCAACGUUCGAUUAAUUAGUGUAUCACAACGGCUUGCCGAGGUGGUGUUAAACUUUCAAUUACAAUAAAGUGUAAUAUUAUUUUUGUGACAAUAUGGUCAUAUUACGUUAUUAUACCUUUGAUAAUUGGGAGGUGGAGCGUAUGCACAAAGUAUUUGAUCAAUUGAGAGAGAUUAAUGCGGACAUUGACAGUUUGUCAAUGGAAAAGUGUUUUCAUAUUGAGAUAGCACUUGAUAUUGCACUAUGGAAUGACAAAUAUGAUAAAGCAUUACGUUGGUUACUGAAACAGCCACAAAGUGUAGAUCACCUCAAACGUCAAUCCGCGUUAUGCCUUCAAUCUGCAGAUCGCGAACUCCUCAUUGAAAUUGGGCCGCGAUUUAACUUUUGUACAGCAUUUUCCACAAAUUGUUUAAAUAUAUGCCACAAUAUUGGAAUGAAACAAAUAACGCGUUUGGAAUCGUCAAUGCGUUAUCUUAUUGGUUUCAAAGAGAAAUGUCCUAAGGAUAUUGUUGCAAAAAUUAUUGACUAUUUAAGCGAUCGAAUGACCGAAUGUUGUUACACUGCUGAAAAUAUGCCCAAAAAAACGUUCGAUGAGAGACUACCAAAAUCUCUGACAUCAUGGUAUUUUGUGCCGGUACUGGAGCAAGGCCGCAAAGCAUUGGAGGAAGUUAAUGUUAAAUUGGGAUUAGCUUUUGGAGAAUGGGAUUUAGAUUAUUAUAAUAAUUUGUUUACAAAAGUCUUAAAGCGCAAUCCCACUACCGUUGAGCUAUUUGAUUGUGCACAAAGCAAUAGUGAACAUUCCCGGCAUUGGUUUUUCCGUGGUAAAAUGAUUAUUGAUGGCGAAGAGAAACCAAAAUCAUUAAUACGCAUGAUAAUGGACACUCAAGCACACACCUAUCCAAAUAACACAAUUAAAUUUAGUGAUAAUAGUAGUGCAAUAACUGGUUUCGAGCAUUUACAAAUAAGACCACAGAGUUUUGAUGGACCCGAUAAGGUUGAAAUAUGCUCAACCAAGUCUGAUUUGAUUUUUACAGCUGAGACGCAUAAUAUGCCUACGGCAGUUGCGCCAUUUAGUGGUGCUACAACUGGUACUGGUGGACGUAUAAGAGAUGUACAAGGUGUAGGACGCGGUGGCAGACCUAUAGCCGGUACUGCAGGAUAUUGUGUCGGAUGUUUGAACAUACCACAUUACCCACAACACCAUGAGAAUAACAACUUUACCUAUCCAGCUUCUUUUGCUGAACCUCUGAAAGUACUAAUCGAUGCUAGUAAUGGCGCAUCCGAUUAUGGUAACAAAUUUGGCGAGCCAGUUAUUUCAGGAUUUGUGACCUCUUAUGGGAUUAUGAAUGCGCAAGGUGAACGUGAUGAGUACGUGAAGCCCAUUAUGUUUAGUGGUGGUUUGGGUACCAUGGAUGCUUCUAUGACUGCUAAAAUUAAUCCUCAACGUGGUAUGUUGCUGGCUAAAAUUGGUGGACCAGUUUAUCGCAUUGGCGUUGGUGGUGGUGCAGCGAGUUCAGUUGAAAUACAGGGUUCAAAUGAUACAGAUUUGGAUUUUAAUGCUGUGCAACGUGGUGAUGCAGAAAUGGAAAAUAAGGUGAACCGUGUGGUGCGUGCCUGUAUUGAAAUGGGUGAAAAAAAUCCUAUACUAGCCAUACAUGAUCAGGGUGCAGGUGGAAAUGGUAAUGUAUUAAAAGAACUUGUAGAACCUGGUUUCGCUGGUGCUAUAAUUUUUUCAAAAGAAUUUCAACUUGGAGAUCCUACAAUAACUGCGCUCGAGCUAUGGGGUGCUGAAUAUCAAGAAAAUAAUGCUAUACUAUGUAAAGCAGAGGAUCGCAAAAUGUUAGAACGGAUUUGUGAACGUGAACGAUGUCCAAUUAAUUUUGUUGGUAUUGUAACUGGUGAUGGACGUGUGUCUUUGGUAGAGAGUGAAGCAGAUUUUGAACGUGCUUUAAAAACAAACGAUCCCACGGAAUUCGGUCCAAUGCCAUUUGACUUACAUUUGGAACAUGUUUUAGGUGAUAUGCCUAAACGUGAAUAUGAAUUGGAAAGCAAGUUAGUGAAACUAUUGCCAUUGAAAUUCGAACCGUUUUUUGAUUAUGUUGAGAGCUUGGCAAGAGUUUUAACCUUGGUUACUGUAGGCAGUAAACGUUUUCUAACUAAUAAAGUAGAUCGUUGUGUGACUGGCUUAAUAGUACAACAACAAUGUGUUGGACCAUUGCAUACACCAGUUGCUGAUUACGGGCUAACUCUUGUUUCGCAUUUUGGAACAGAGGGUAUUGCUACAUCAAUCGGUACACAACCAAUUAAAGGUUUGCUGGAUGCUGCUGCAAUGGCACGUAUGUCUGUAGCAGAGGCACUAUCCAACUUGGUCUUCGUGAAGAUAACAGACUUGUCAAAUGUUAAAUGCUCUGGCAAUUGGAUGUGGGCUGCUAAAUUACCAGGUGAAGGAGCAAAAAUGUUUAAUGCUUGCGAAGAAAUGUGUGCUAUUAUGAAGGAUCUAAAUAUAGCUGUUGAUGGCGGAAAGGAUUCAUUAUCGAUGGCAGCUAAAGUAAGCGGUGACACAGUGAAAUCGCCUGGCACUUUAGUAAUUUCAACAUACGCACCAUGUCCGGAUGUCACACUUCGAAUAACACCUGAUCUGAAAGGACCUUCCAUGCGUAAGCAAACAAGCCUUUUGUGGAUAAACAUAGAAGGCAAAUUCCGUUUGGGUGCUUCUGCAUUAGCUCAAGUCUAUAUGCAACAAGGGAAUGAAUGCCCGACGUUGCAGCGUACAAAAACCUUAAAGAAUGCUUUUAAUAAAACGCAAUUAUUAUUAGCAGAACGUAAAUUACUUGCUGGACAUGAUAUCAGCGAUGGCGGUUUGCUGGUGUGUGUUUUGGAAAUGGCUUUCGCUGGCAUUGCUGGCGUUGAGUUGGAUUUAACGGAUGUUAUAACCGAAAUAGAUUUAAAUAAUGUAGAUAAAUCUGCUGUCAGUAUGCCAGAAUUUGCUAUUUUAUUCGCUGAAGAAUGCGGUUGGGUUGUAGAAGUUGAGGAUUCAAUAUUAGCUGAGGUGCAAAACGAAUAUAUGUGCGCGAAAGUUCCAACCUAUAUAAUUGGAAAGACUACGCAAUAUGGCUUAGAUGCAGAUGUAUGCGUUAAGUCUAAAGGAAAUGUGUUGUUACAGAACAGUGUCCGAAAUUUGUGUAAACAAUGGGAAUGUACCAGUUAUCAAUUGGAAAAAUUGCAGGCAGAUGCAAGCUGCGUUACUGAAGAAUAUAGAUCGCUAACUUAUCGUAGAGGACCCACAUAUUCAUGUUCAGUUGAUUUAGCUGCAGAGCUUAAGCUAAAACGUAGCGGAAGUAUAGUACGUGUGGCUGUGCUACGUGAAGAAGGUGUUAAUAGUGAUCGAGAAAUGAUGGCUUGUUUGCUAAAAGCAAAUUUUGAAGUUCAUGAUGUAACUAUGAGUGAUCUAUUAAGUGGUAAAACUACUUUAAGCAAUUAUCGCGGCUUAGUGUUUCCAGGUGGUUUCAGUUAUGCGGAUACAUUGGGUUCUGCGAAAGGUUGGGCUGGGAAUAUUAUGUUUAGCGAUGUGUUAAAACCACAAUUUCGUGCAUUUAAAGAACGAGAAGAUGUUUUUUCGUUGGGCGUUUGUAAUGGUUGCCAAUUGAUGACAUUAAUCGGUUGGGUGGGUGAUGUAGAACGACAUCUUUAUACAAAUGACGAUACUGAUAUAUCCGACGUUGCUUUAAUGCAUAAUAAAUCUGAACGGUUUGAAUGCCGUUGGAGCAGUUUACUUAUAAAUAAGCAAACAAAAUCCAUUAUGCUGCGUAAAUUAGCGGGCUCCACAUUAGGUUGCUGGGUAGCUCAUGGUGAGGGACAAUUUGUUUUCCGCAAUCUAAAUAUAUUAGAUGUGUUGGUAAACACAGGAGCGGUUGCAAUGUAUUAUGUUGACGAUGACGGAAGGCCAACUGAAAGUUAUCCAAUGAAUCCAAAUGGCAGCUCUAAUGGCAUAGCUGGUUUAUGUUCUGAAGACGGCCGCCAUUUAGCUAUAAUGCCACAUCCAGAACGUUGUAGUGAUAUGCAUCUGUGGCCAUAUGUACCACCUAACUUUAAUGUAGCAACGAAAGAAAGUCCAUGGCAAUUAAUGUUCAACAAUGCUUAUGACUGGUGCCAAGAGGAGACGGAACGUGAUGAAUAGAGCAUUUAUAUUUAUGUGUUUCAAACACUUUUUACGAAUAUCAUACAUUUUUUAUAGAAAUAAAAUCUUU